AUGUUCGCUUCUUGUCACUGUGCGCCGAGAGACAGAGGGACUAUGAAAAUGAUUCAUUUUCGGAGCUCCAGCAUCAAAUCACUCAACCAAGAGAUGAAAUGCACCAUUCGGCUGCUGGACGACUCGGAGGUCUCCUGCCAUAUCCAGAGGGAGACCAAAGGACAGUUUCUUAUUGAGCACAUCUGCAACUACUACAGCUUGCUGGAGAAGGACUACUUCGGAAUUCGCUAUGUGGAUCCAGAGAAGCAAAGGCACUGGCUAGAACCUAACAAGUCCAUCUUCAAGCAAAUGAAAUCUCAUCCACCAUACACCAUGUGCUUUAGAGUGAAAUUCUACCCACAUGAACCCCUGAAGAUUAAAGAAGAGCUCACAAGAUACCUUUUAUAUUUGCAAAUUAAAAGAGACAUUUUUCAUGGUCGACUGUUGUGCUCCUUUUCUGAUGCUGCCUAUCUUGGUGCUUGUAUCGUUCAAGCUGAGUUUGGUGAUUAUUAUCCUGAUGAGCAUCCUGAGAAUUAUAUCAGUGAGUUUGAGAUUUUCCCCAAGCAGUCACAGAAGUUGGAAAGAAAAAUCAUGGAAAUUCAUAACAAUGAACUCAGAGGUCAGAGCCCAGCGAUUGCUGAAUUCAACUUACUCCUGAAAGCUCAUACAUUGGAAACUUAUGGGGUGGAUCCUCACCCAUGCAAGGAUUCAAGAGGUGCUACAGCAUUUUUAGGAUUCACCGCAGCAGGGUUUGUGGUAUUCCAGGGAAAUAAGAGAAUCCAUUUAAGAAAAUGGCCAGAUGUUUGCAAAUUCAAGUUUGAAGGGAAGACAUUUUAUGUGAUUGGCACCCAAAAGGAGAAAAAUUCUGUCCUAGCAUUCCAUACUUCAACACCAGCUGCGUGCAAGCAUCUAUGGAAAUGUGGGGUAGAGAACCAAGCCUUUUACAAGUAUGCCAAGUCAAGUCAGAUCAAGACUGUGUCGAGCAGCAAGAUAUUUUUUAAAGGAAGUAGAUUUCGAUAUAGUGGUAAAGUUGCCAAAGAGGUGGUGGAGGCAAGCUCCAAAAUCCAGAGGGACCCGCCUGAGGUGCACAGAGUCAACAUUACUCAGAGUCGCAGUUCUCACUCCUUGAACAAACAGCUCAUCAUUAACAUGGAGCCCUUGCAGCCCCUACUUCCUUCCCCCACCGAACAGGAAGAGGAAGAUCCUAUGACUGAGGGUCUUCCGUUGCCAAAAGAAGAUGUUUCUGAGCCACUGACUGUCAGCUCACCAGUGAAGGGAGCUCGGUGUGCAGAUCCUCUGAGAGAAGAGGAAGAUAAAGUGGAAGACCCCUUGACCAUCUCUGAACUAGCAUACAAUCCCAGUGCCAGCCUGCUCCCUACCCCAGUGGAUGAUGAUGAAAUCAACAUGCUCUUUGACUGUCCAUCUAGGCUGGAGUUAGAAAGAGAAGACAUAGAUUCAUUUGAGGAACUGGAAGCAGAUGAAAAUGCCUUUUUGAUGGCUGAAGAGGAGGAGCUAAAGGAAGCUCGUCAAGCUUUGUCAUGGAGCUAUUCCAUCCUGACCGGCCAUAUCUGGGUCAACCCCCUGGUCAAGAGUUUCUCCAGGCUCCUUGUUGUGGGCCUGGGGCUGCUGCUGUUUGUAUUUCCCCUGCUCCUCCUCCUUUUGGAGUCAGGUAUUGAUCUCUCCUUCUUAUGCGAAAUCCGUCAGACACCAGAGUUUGAGCAGUUUCACUAUGAAUAUUACUGUCCCCUGAAAGAGUGGGUGGCUGAGAAGGUCAACGUCUUCCUCUGUAUGCUCGGUUGUUCAUAGGUUCAUAUCUGAUGAGACUAAGGGCUAUCUUCAAUACUAGUGGUAUCAUUUUCAGUAGGUUUUGAUUAGCCUUUUCUCUAAACUAAAUGCUCAAACCUUGAAAUUAAGCGUAAGUAAAUUUAAAUCAAAUAUAACUCUUUUAGUUAUCCUUCAGAAAGACAAUCUUCAAGUAACCAAAAAAAGAAAAAUCUCCUUAUCAUACCAUAAUAUAUAGUACAUUGGAGUUAAGUAUUCCUGUUUCUUUAUUGUGAGCUAUAAUGUUCAGAAUCAGAAUUUUAGUAAAAAUACAACCUUUUUAAUAUAACUUUUGGUGAAAAUAAUGUCCUCUUACUGAUGCUUAUACAAAUAAGUUGAUGCUGGGGUUUUUUUUUCAGUUUUUUUAAAAAAAUAUUUUUAUGUGUUCUAACUAUUUUGGUAAAUUUUUAGCAAAAAAAAAAAGCUUUCUGAAGUUAUUUAAGUAUACAUAUUGUAAAACUAAUGCACAUGAAAUUUUUUAGUGUUUUGGCACCUGAUUUUUUUAAAGAUAUUUUUUGGCUAACUAAUCCCAUAAUUUAUUACCUGCAUAUGACUUUGUAAAAAGAUAGUAAAAAAACUAUAGUAAGUACUCAAAACAGAUGAUUGAACUAGAAGGUGUGAGCAAGGAGAACAUUGAGUUGACAUUGUGGGGUCCAGUUUUCAAAGUUUUGGACAAGAUAAUCUUUUAAUUUCAUUUGCAUUUUGCCCAUAUAUUUGAGCUGAGAAAGCAGAGUGUUUUUAAAAGAAAUUGAUGCUACUUGCAAUAGUAAAAUUGUAAAAGAUCCACUAGUUAAUUGUUUAUUGUUUACUAAUCUAUGUGAAAGCAGGCAGGAGUUUGGCAAAUAGAAAGUAGCAAGAAGAGUUCUAGUGAGACGGCUAGGCCAGAGGUGCUAAGCUUAUGGUUUCUUUUAUAGAAGUGAUGGUGAUAUAUGGCACUCAAUGUAAAGAGCUGCACACUCACUUUCUGGGUUCAUAAAAUCAUGUUUAGUUAAUAAAAGUGGAGAAAUUUUAAGGUGAAUUUUUGAGAUCCCUCAUGCUUUCAUUGUGAUUCUCUGGAUGAAAUUUCAAGGUGUGUGUGUGUGUGUGUGUGUGUGUGUGUGUGUGUGUGUGUGUGUGUGUGUGUGUAUGUGUGUUGUGGGUGUGUUGUAUGCGUGUGUGUGUAAGAGACAGAGAGAAGGGGAGAGAGAGAGAGAGAGAGAGAGAGAGAGAGAGAGAGAGAGAGAGAGAGAGAUUUUCUUUAUGGAUUUCUUUGCGUUCUAAACUCUUAUUGAGGCUUCCAUUAAAACAAUGACGUGAACCAAUAGAUGACACACCAAUUCUGUUUGGAUAAAGUAGACAAUGGAAGAGAAUAGCAGACAAAAGAAACGAUAAAUUCCUUCAUAUCAGUUGACCCAAGAUAGAAAAUGUCUGGUGCUUUCCAUUGCUGGUCACUUACCAACACCGUGUAAGGAGUAGGAAUCAAAGUAUAGAGAUUACAAUGUAAUUUUUACCUAUGCUGAAAAUAUCGCAUUGCUUUGGUUAUGAAGAGAUUGAACACACAAUCUCUACAUACUACCCUACAGUCAUGCUUACUUCGUGCAGCUCUGAGUGUUUUAUUAGAUGAUUAUUUCGAAAGUAAACUUUGAAAGUCAGCCUUGGGACUUUGAGUUGAAUGCAUUAUAAUAUAUACUUGCUAUUGCAUCCAUGAUUUAUACAGAUAUAGAAGUAUAUUUUCUAUGACUUGGACAUUAAGACAUUUUUGAAAGUUUGCUACCGAUCAGCAUUUUGACUGAAUUUUAAUUUUUCUCCUUUUCUUUUAUAUGACUUUGAAAUCAUACUCUCUAGAAUGGGAAAACUCCAGUGCAGUUGAUAAAAAAAAUUACUCACCUGUUUAAUUGUGCUUCAUAUUGUCUUUGAAGUGCUGACCAAGAUAACUCACCUGACUUUCUUCUUUUAAAAAUGUUUAAGUUAAAUAAUAUUUUUAAAUUAUGGAGAUAGCAUGUUUAUAUUAUAAAAUAUAAAAAGAAAAUAAGACAGAUAUAAAAUGUAAUAAAUGCAUGCAGAUUUAUAAUAAGGAGCAAGCUGCAGACAGUUUAGCAUUUACAGAUUGCAUCACCCUUCUCUUGAGGAACAGUUCAUUGUGGAGUAGAAAUUCUUUUAAGGAAAGACAGAAUAGGAACUUCCAAACUAAAACAAUAAUGAUAAGGCCUAAAACUGAAAUCCUAUAAUGCCAUUCAUUUGGUACAGAAUUAAAGCCUUUAAGAAAUACCCAUUUAUUGUAGAAUGAUUAAAUCAGUUUUUUAGAUAAAUGAAGAAGACAUUCUUCAAAAAAUAUUCAGUAUAUAGAAUAAUGAGAUUGAGAGUUCAAAGUAAGUACAUGAGAAUUUGAAUAUUCUGUAUCAUUGGUAUAUGUGUAUUUAUAAAAGAUAUGUAUUUAUGUGUUUGUAUAGAUAUAACCCACAUGCCUUUCAUACGUACUUACUUGUGCUAAUUUUGCCCCAGGUGAGGAAUUUGUGUAGUACUUUUGUUCCUUUCUUUCUCAUUUACUGUGAUAUCAAGAUAUGUAGAGUCUUAAGUACUUGAUUAUUUCAUGAAAGUACUUAUGUACAUUUGAGGGUUUGUGUACAUACACAGAAAAAGAGAGAGAGAGCAAGUAAAUAUACAUACAGUUGUUUUUAGUGCUAAUAUGAGCUCUAUAAUGAGAUUGAUGUAGGUAAAGGAUCAUAUAUUUCUGAGCUUGAAGCAUAAUGUGUGUUAUGUAUUUACAGAAUAUUUUGUAGUUUGUCUAAUAUUUAUGAACAUAAUUCUGGAAAGAAUUUACCAUGAGUUAAUUUCAUUAAAGUAACAAAAGAUAUGGGGGCCAUAAUAUUGUUAUUGAGCUGUAUCUUUGUAUACUGGAAUUAGCAUUUCUAUGUCAACAUCCAGAUUGUUUGUCUGUUAAUAUGGUGGCAGGAAUCUCUAAUAAAAUACUCUGGGGUAAAAUA